AUGAGUCUCCAGAUCCCCCACCGCGAAAAGACCAAUGGCACCGGCAAGGACACCAAGGCCGUUAUCCUUGUCGGAGGCCCUUCCAGAGGUACUCGAUUCCGACCUCUGUCGCUUGAUGUGCCCAAGCCCCUCUUCGAUGUUGCCGGCCACCCCAUCAUCUGGCACUGCCUCACGGCCGUUGCCAAGGUGCCCUCGAUCCAGGAGGUCGUCAUGAUCGGUUACUACGACGAGGCCGUAUUCAAGGACUUCAUCAAGGACGCAUCCAACGCCUUCCCCAACCUGCCCAUCAAGUACCUCCGCGAAUACGAGGCCCUGGGCACCGCCGGCGGUCUGUACCACUUCCGAGAUGCUAUUCUGAAGGGUCGACCAGAGCGCAUCUUUGUCCUCAACUCUGAUGUCUGCUGCUCUUUCCCACUCAACGAAAUGGCCAAGCUCUUCGACGACAAGGAUGCUGAGGCCGUCAUUCUGGGUACCCGGGUCAGCCAGGAUGCCGCCACCAAUUUUGGUUGUAUCGUCAGUGAUGCCCACUCACGACGAGUACUCCACUAUGUCGAGAAGCCCGAGGGCCAUAUUUCCAACCUGAUCAACUGUGGUGUCUAUCUAUUUAGUGUCGAUGCCAUUUUCCCCUCGAUUAGGUCCGCCAUCAAGCGUCGAACUGACCGCCCUCGUCUCGUCUCGUACCCCUCUUCGGAGAACCUUGAGUCUAGCUUCAUGGCCGAUGAUGACGAGGAGAAGAGCAAGGAGGUUUUGCGUCUGGAGCAGGACAUUCUCUCAGACCUUGCCGACAGCAAGCAGUUCUUCGUAUACGAGACCAAGGACUUCUGGCGCCAGAUCAAGACUGCGGGCUCAGCUGUACCCGCUAACGCUCUGUACCUCCAGCAGGCUUUGCAGAGUGGCUCGCAGGAGCUUGCCAAGGCUGUGCCAAACCAUAUCAUUCCGCCUGUCUUCAUCCACCCCUCUGCAACAGUCGACCCCACGGCUAAACUGGGUCCUAAUGUUUCCAUCGGCCCCCGUGUCACUGUUGGAGCUGGCGCUCGCAUCAAGGAGACAAUUGUCCUCGAGGACAGCGAGAUCAAGCACGAUGCCUGUGUGCUCUACUCAAUUAUUGGCUGGAAUAGCCGCGUCGGCGCCUGGGCGCGUGUUGAAGGCACCCCUACUCCUGUCACUAGUCAUACCACGAGUAUUGUCAAGAACGGCGUCAAGGUGCAAAGCAUUACCAUUCUAGGUAAAGAAUGCGGUGUUGGCGAUGAGGUCAGAGUGCAGAACUGCGUAUGUCUGCCUUUCAAGACUUUGAAGAGGGAUGUCUCCAAUGAGGUGAUUAUGUAA